CUGUUCUGAGAUUUUUUUCCAAUGUGUCGGCGUUGCGCGCAUGUAGAUGAAAGAGGAAGUAGAUGAAGAGCACCAAAGCCGUUACCAGAAGAGAGAGAGCACAGCCUUUGCCGUCUCUCCCGCUUCAGCCUGGGGCUUGACAACUGGGGCUGUGCUAUCCCUCUUCUGCUGCCGGAUUUGUUGCAUGUUAGUCCUUCCUCCGAAUCUCGUACGUGCGUUUGGGACUCCUACGCCUGUCAAAGAUGAUUGGUAUCCAGUAACCCAGCGGAUGGGCCCAAAAGUAGGAGAGCUAUUUGAACAUCACAUGAGUUUAUGGAGAGUCUUUUGAGAGAGAGAAAAAGGGAGAGAGGUAGAGAGGGAGAGAGAUAGUUAGGGGCUUGAGUAGCAGUAUUUGUAGAAGACAUAUUGCCAGCGAUCAUAAGAAUCGGUCGAGUAAGCCCGAGUAUUAAAUUUACAGUGCCUAUAUCUGUCGAGUGAAGGAUUAGACCUUCUCGUGGCAUCGUGCUUCAUAGUCUUCCUUCACAAGGCCACGAGCGACAUUGGUCUCUGGACUCUUGACUUGUCUGAUUACAUGUUAUGUGCACGACCCAGUUUCCUCCCACUGGCAACAUCCUGCGAUACGCUUUCAAGCUACAGAAACCAUCACAACUGGCAUGAGGGUUAAUAUCACUCUCCAUGUAUGUAGCUGUGAAGCCCCAGCAACAUGUAAACAAUGGGCAUCCCACUAGGCAGUUCUCUUCUGACGGUAUUUGUUCCUAACGAGUUUUGUAGCCGAGAUGAUGCUACUUUCGCCAGUUGCCAAUCUGAGCCCAGGUCUGCAGCUGUAUCGUGUCGCUCUUGAACGUCGCUUACUGCUCUUACUGCCCAAUGGGUUCGGGUUUAUCAGUACCAGUGUAUCCUACGGAUGUGUUCACUUUCAUGGCUCAGUCGCAUUCUGGAUAUUAGACCUUGAAUACAGACUGGAUGUAUCAUGGUGAUGUGCUUAUGUGCUCACAUGUUGUUCGUUUGGCUUCUACAUUGAUUCUUUUGAGAUAGUCUACUCGGUCGUUGAGGAGUGUACAUCACGAGGCCGUUUCUCAGAUUGACCAGGCAGGCAUUAUUCUCCAGAAUGCGCACUUUGGUGCAUGCUUGUACAGAAAUAUAUAGGCAGAAUCUCGCAACGGCGAGUGCUAAUAACUAUCACGAUAGAGCAUAGGACUCACACCCGUGACUUAGUCGUCAGGCUAUUUCCUAAAGCAGUUCACAAGCCAUACAAUCUGAUAGCAGUGAAUAGCGAAGCAAAUCUCAUUGAGGCUGACAUUGUUUAUCUAAGUUCAUAGGGGUUUGUUGUUCUCUAGUUCGCAGAAGGUUUAUUUACAAUUAUCUCUGCGGUGUGUGCUACUUUCCACUGGCUGGAACCCAGCUGUCUUCCUUCGAUAUAUGGAAGUUUAAGUGAGCAUGACCGCAACGUGCUUCUUAAUCCUUUACUUUUCCUUUUACGCAGUUACAAAAGUUUACCUUAAGUUACUGAAUUUAUCAGUCACCUAGCUGCCGACAGUGUGAUCUUUCGGACUGUCUAUUUGAUGGACAUUUCAGCGAACUGCAACGGAUUUUGGUAUUUCCUCAUCAGUUUUUGGAAGGAGCAACUUCCUGCAUAUUAACUUUUGAACGAGUUGUCUGAUUGUUUCGAAACAAGUGACAUGUCGGAAGAUGAGCAGCACCUGGCACGAGAUCUUGACUCCUGGUGCUCCUGGUUCACAACUGUGCAUCACCGAGAAAUCUCAGUUUGCGUCCGGCUGUGAUUGGUUUGGGGUGAAGUCUUUCUCCUCUUGCCAGAUUUGAAUGGAGGGACUGGAUUCUAUCAUGAAGGUGAUCUUUAAACCCGCCUUCAUAUCGUUGCGGAGUCUUUUAAAUAAAGAAGCUCACUUGUGAGCUUUUGAAAAGUCUGUUGCCUGGAAGAGUUUGUACCGCACUGGAUCUUCGAGGUUUUGGCUCAUGGUUGUUUUUAUUCUGAAGGGCCUGGUUACUAUCUAGCUAGCCGCCGGAUGCUACUUGCCUAUCUCAAAGGUACAUCCUGCUAUGCUACAGAUUUUUGUUGUUGCUAUCUGAGUGCAGUCAAGUUGAUUGCUAAAACUUCAUUCAUUAACUCUGAUUAUCGAGAUAUAACCCGUUCAAUUGGUUCAUUCUACGAAAUAUAGAUGGUUUGAUUGUUUAAACCCGAAAACCUUAGAAAUUUAGUUAGGAAUUUAUUUGUAACAUUGGUCG